UCAAAUAUCUUGAAAUAUUUUCAACUAUAUCACCACGCCCACCAAAGGAAAUGGAAAAGCAGGCAUAUGACGAUACUUCCCAGUUCUCAACUUGCAGCGGAAAAGAGACGAUGCGUGUAGCAUCAAGGGGCGAAGAUGGAGGAAUGGAGAAGGCUAAAGAGCAAGAGCCAGCAACAGAGCGACAAGAUUAUAUCACUGGCUUCAGGCUUGUGUUGCUGCUGUCGGCUCUGACGUCUGCCGCCCUUCUUGUGCUUGUUGAUACUUCUAUCGUUGCCCCGGUAAGAUUGAGCUUUGAGAUACGAGGGACUGCUGCUGGUUAGGUAUACGUUCCUCUUGACUGAUGGC